AUGGACCAGUUACUGCUGCAGCAUUCCAGCGAAACGACUUCUCGAAUACCACCGAAGACUGCUUACGGUUCCAAAGGCAAGUCUUUGCCGGUGAUUGUCUGGGUCCACGGCGGCGGGUACAGCUUCGGCGGCAUCAACGUUCCCUUCCAGCUUGCGCCGAAUUGGGUUCAGCGAAGUCAGAAGCAUAUUGUCGUUCAAGUCCAAUACCGUCUCAAUCUUCUCGGUCUCCCAAAUGCGGCAGGACUAGCCGAGACCAAUAAGAACUUCGACCUGCCUUUCCUUGACCAGCGCGUUGCAAUUGAAUGGGUUCGCGCCAACAUUGCCAACUUUGGCGGUGACCCUAGUCGCAUCACGCUAUGGGGUGAGAGCGCGGGAGCGUACUCUGUAGACGGCUACUUGUUCGCUUGGCCCCAUGAUCCUAUCGUCAAAGGAGUCAUCGCGGACUCUGGAAAUGCGGUGGCUAUCCCGAGCGUCUUGUCCGACCCGAACAACCAUACUACUUUCUCAUUUGUUGCGGACCGGCUUGGGUGUGGCAACUUGUCGGCUGCCCCGGAGCUCAAGUGUAUGCGCCAGGUCCCUGCAUCCAAGAUCAAGACGUACCUUCAGGCAGGUAUUGGAGAAGGUGGCGCCGCCGAUGAUGCUGUCGCAUUUGGAGCGUUCGCCGACAACAUGACCAUCUUCAGCAACUACACCGAAAGAAUCAGCAAGGACGGCUUCAACUUUCCAACACAGAUACCGCUUCUGAUCGGGACAAACACAAAUGAAGGAGCCGCAGUGGUCCCUUACAACUUCACAGGCACCAACACUGCAACCGAGUUGCCAAGCGACCUCGCCAGAGUCGCGCAGGGCUUCUCGCUCAAUCUGCAAUGCACCACUCUGGAGGAAGUACGGCUUAGGUCUGAAGCUGGAGCGACGACGUAUCAAUACCUUUAUGCCGGCAACUUCACCAACAUAUCGCCAUUGCCAUGGUUAGGCGCCUACCACACAGCUGAGCUUCCCCUGAUUUUCGGCACUCACGAGAUUGACGGGCCGUCAACAGACUUUGAACAGAGAGUGAGCGAGCGCAUGCAAGACUUGUAUCUCCAGUUCGCUAUUGAUCCAGAGAAUGGACUGAAAAGCGCUGGUUGGCCACCAGCGACUGCGCAGCUCAACCAGUCGCGAUUGAUUGAGUGGGCUGCUGGGCACAAGGUUGAGAAGGUAAUUACAACCGAGGCCCUGCGUGAAGAAUGUGUACGGAAUGGGUUUGCUGUUUGA